AUGUGUGUGACUGCGCAGCGUCUGCAGUGUGACUGCAGCCAGGAAGGUGCACCUUGGAGCAAAGCCUUUCCUCACUUGGUCGUGUCACAUCUAGUGGCGUCCUCGUGGCCAGCACACGUCAGUGGCACAGCGCAGAUCAUUGUCUUGCGGAUGCCGGAGGCGCCUCCUUGGAACUGUCAAGGGGAAGGUGUUCCCAAGUUGCAGUCACACCUCACCCAACAUGAGAGAAUUCACACAAGGCAGAAGACCUGUAAGUGUAGCCAGUGUGGAAAAACCUUUGGCUUGAAGGCAUGCCUCACUAUGCAUGAGAUAACUCACACUGGGGAGAAGUCCUAUAAGUGUAGUCAGUGUGGUAAAACCUUUGGCCAGAAGUUACACCUCACUGUUCAGGAGAUAAUUCACACUGGGGAGAAGCCCUAUCAGUGUAGUCACUGUGGAAAAUCCUUUAGCCAGAAGUCAGGACUCACUAUACAUGGGAUGAGUCACACUAGGAAGAAGCAAUAUCAGUGUAAUCAGUGUGGAAAACCUUUGGCCAGAAGUCGCACCUCUCUGACCAUGAGAUAA